CUAGGGGCAGAAACACUGAGCAGACCCAGCACAGGGCACGCGGCACCGAGGGAGCGGAGCGCGAGGCACUCCUUUGAUCUCCGGGCUUGCUCACGCGCGCGUUAUAGUCUCUCUCUCUCUCGGUUGUGAGUCGACCCCCCCGCCGCCAUGGCAGACGACUCGGACAUGCGGAAUGAACUGACCAACCUGCAGGAGAGAGCCGACCAGCUGGCCGAUGAGUCUCUGGAGAGUACUCGGCGUAUGCUGCAGCUGGUGGAGGAGAGUAAAGAUGCUGGUAUCAGGACUCUGGUGAUGCUGGAUGAGCAGGGAGAACAACUGGAGCGCAUCGAGGAGGGGAUGGAUCAGAUCAAUAAGGACAUGAAAGAAGCAGAAAAGAAUUUGACGGAUCUAGGAAAUCUCUGUGGUCUUUGUCCAUGUCCCUGUAACAAGCUGAAAGGUGGGGGUCAGUCCUGGGGGAAUAAUCAGGACGGGGUGGUGUCCAGCCAGCCGGCCCGCGUGGUGGACGAGCGCGAGCAGAUGGCCAUCAGUGGAGGAUUCAUCCGCCGGGUGACGAACGAUGCGAGAGAGAAUGAGAUGGAUGAGAAUCUGGAGCAGGUCGGGAGCAUCAUCGGUAACCUGCGUCACAUGGCUCUCGAUAUGGGCAACGAAAUCGACACUCAGAACCGGCAGAUCGACCGGAUCAUGGAUAUGGCUGAUUCCAACAAAACUAGGAUUGACGAGGCUAACCAGCGCGCCACAAAGAUGUUGGGAAGUGGCUAAACUGCAGGAAAGCAUCCGUUUACCCCCCUGUACCCGCCCCCAGACACGCCCCCUGUUACCGCCCCAGACACGCCCCCUUUACCCGCCCCCAGACACACCCCCUCCCCGCGCUGUAUCAGCCACGGUGCACAUGUGCUUCCCCCCAGCACCCCCUACAGGUCUGCACACCUGCACAUAUCAACACCCGCGGCCCGUCGUAGAGAAUCGUCGUUCUGUGUCGUCUGUCUUUAAUGCUAGUCCAGUCAGUGUAUAAAUGACCACAGUGACUCUGUAGCCCUGCCCACAUCCCAUAGGCCCCGCCUCCCUGCAGAACUGCUUCAUCUGUAUAUGUAUAUAGAGCAAAUCUGGUGGCUAGAGUUCACAGGCUAAUGUUUCAAAUCCGGGACCUUAGAGUAAAAUCCGCUUCGGGUUUUCGCCCAAGUCCAGGUCCAGAAAGUAGAGCUGUUUUUAACGAUCUGCAGCUCGUAACAAGCAGCUGGAGCAAAACCAUGUGCCGGAUUUUUAAAGAACCUCAGCGAAACCAAAUCCAAGACAUCCACGUAGUUUAAUCAAAACCCUGAAGUGGAUUUUUACCUGAAAUCUGGGCAGUUGAAACAAAAUCCCGCAACAGAUUUUUACCAAACUGCAGCCAGGCCGAAUGUAAGCCAUUUGUGCGGUUGAAUCAAAAUCCCGGGACAGAUUUUUACCAACUGCGGUUGGAGCAGUUGGAGCAAAAUCCCGGAAUGGAUUUUUGCAGAGCUGCAGGCGAGCCACUCAUAGCGUUUUUCCCCUGGUGUGGAUCUGGCAUCGUUCUGGUUCACAAACCUAUUUUUGAACCAUUCGCCGUGUUUCCACCAACUAAAGUAGGUUCCGGAUUGUUUGUUCGCAGCAGGAACCGAAGAAUACUUGGUUCUUCAGCGCACACUGUGAGCGCUUCUAAUUACCACCGCUGUGCAGCGCCCUCUGUUGGUGAUGUAUGAUGUGACGUUUUUACGGUUCCACUAAAACUGAUGGAAACCACGGUUCUUAUAAGCCCAAAAGGAACUGGUUUAAUAAUCGAAGAUCUUUUGUUGGAAAAGCACUAUAAUCAGUAAAAGCAAAACCCAGGAGCGGAUUAUACUGAGCUACACCCGAGACAUCCAGGUAGUUGGAGCUAAAUUCCGGAAUGGAUUUGUACCGAUGUGCACCUGAGCCAUUGGAGCAGUUAUAGCAAAACCACUUACAAACUACAAGCCAUUCAGGUAGUUUGAGCAAAAUCCCGAAAUGGAUUUUUAAAAAGCUUAAGCCGAACCAUACAUACAGUUAAAGCAAAAUCCCGGAGUGGAUUUUUUUUUUAGCUGAAGCUCAAUAAAAUGAUUUGAGCUACUGUAACAAAAUCCUGGAGCUGUUUUUGUUUUUUAACAAACAGAUGGAGCGAAAUCCCGGGGUGGAGUUUAACUUUCUGGACCUGGAUUUGCCACCACUGUUCUCAAUCGUACUCUCUCGUAUUUUUCUCUUUCUAUUUAUUUUUUUUAAGUAAAUUAUUUAUUACUUUAACUACUUUUCUGAAAGAAAUGUGCUGACGGAUUACUUCACCGCUCUCUGUGUCCGUAUUUAUGUGUUAUUAACUUAUCGAUAUCUGUAAUAAUAAUAAUAAUAGUGCUCACACACUCGGGCUGAGUAUUUACAGUAGUGAGGGUUUAAUCUGAGUGAGAGAAAGAGAGAGAGAGUGCAGUACAGUAAUGAUGAUCGUCAUUACCUGUCUCACCCUCACUGAAUACAGACUGAACACACCUGAUGAUGUCAUCACUAGAGGAACAGCCGAACGUUAAGCGAUGUCAGAAUUAGUGCCACACUUUUUAAUUAUUGAUCAGAACUGUAUCAGUCAUUGUAAAAUAUUAAUGGAAAUGCCAAUAAAAAUAUAAUAAUAGAAGAGCUGAA